CUCCAAGUGGACCCCAACUGCUCCUGUGCCACUAGUGGCUCCUGCACCUGUGCUGGCUCCUGCAAAUGCAAAGAGUGCAAAUGCAUCUCCUGCAAGAAGAACUGCUGUUCCUACUGCCCUGUGGGCUGUGCUAAGUGUGCUCAGGGCUGCAUUUGCAAAGGGGCAUCAGACAAGUGCAGCUGCUUUGCCUGAUGUGAGGAGAGCCCUGCUCGGAGAUAUAAUAGUGAUGUGUGCAAACUUGGAUUUUUUCUACAAC